UUAAUCUACACAAGCUUCCAAAUAAGAUUAUUAACUGCUCAAACAGUAAAAAACCAAAUAUUUAUAUAGAAAUUUGUCUUAAAAUUAUUGAAAAAAUGAUAAAAUUACUUUGGAAAAACUUUUUCCAGUUUUACACUAAACAACAGAUGCAAUUGAUGUAUUCGACCGCAGCUAAGGAGCCUGUUGUGAAAGGGACCAUUGCCAAAAAAAUACCAACCUUUGUUAAGUUACAAAAGGACAAAACUUAUUCCUGGUGUUCUUGUGGUUUAAGUAAGAAACAGCCAUUCUGUGAUGGUUCACAUAAGAAUGACCCUAAACAGCUGAAGCCUAUUCGCUUCACAGUGGAAAAAGAUGGAAAAUACCUGUUGUGUCGAUGCAAGCAGACAAAUAAUCGACCUUAUUGUGACUUAAGUCAUGUUAAAACCUUUAUUCCUGAAAGUAUCAGAAAAAUGAUGAACAUUAAAUUGUAAGUGGCAGCAGUUGCUUUAGUUUAUGAAACUUUGUAAUUUUGUUGAAAUUCAUGUAAAAAUCUACUAAGUUUGUUGUUAGAAAAUAAAAUUUCUAGAUAUU